AAAAUUGUUAGUUAAUGUUUCUGGCAAAAAUAUUAGAUGAACAAAACGAAACCGGCGCUGCAGUUGAAGCUUAUAAGCGCAGCAUAGAAAUGGAACCAGAAAAUGUUGAUUUAAUACAUUCACUUGGAAUGUUAUAUUUAAAAGAUCAGUCAAAUGCUUUCACAACUUUUGGAAAAGCUUUAAGUUAUGAUGCUAAUUAUGUACCAUCUGUGCUAGCUAUUGCUUCAAUUUUGCAAAUGAAUAAUGAUUGGGAUGUGGCUCUUUCAAAAUAUAAGUUAGUAGGUAGUAUAGAUUAG